CUCCUGGGACAGUGGUUCUACAUCGCUGGCGCCACCAGGUACCCCCCUCACCUGGAAGAGAUGAAAGCAGUGAAAUAUGAGGCUUUUUCCUUCUUUCCUGUCAACCAUGAGGACGAGCUCAAUGUCACUGGAUUCAUGAGACUGAAUGAGACGUGUCUGGAAAGGAACAGCAAGGUCCAUGUCUUCCUGCAGAACUCCACCCUGAUGCAUGUGGAUGAAAACCAGGUGGUUUCCGUGGCCAAAAUGAUCCAAAGUGACAAGGACCUGCUGAUCCUGAACCACACCAACAUCGACUUCCCAAGUCUGAGCCUCUCAGCACGGACACCCAAUGUGAGCAAGGAGCACCUGGAGGAGUUCAAAGCUCACCUGCACUGCCUGGGCUUCACUGAGGAGGAGGUGCUCUACACUUCCACAGAGGUAUGA